AAUGGAUCGUUGAUUGGCGUGGAGCGAGUUUUACGCCCGACACAAUGUGGCCCGUAGCUUCCCUUCCAAGAUUGUGGUGUUUCCUCCACUCCAGUCUUUCGGUGAGCCUGGGGCCCGGCCAUAUGACGAUUCAGCAGCUCACAAGGCUGGCUGCUAUUGCCAUUUUGCCGCAUCAUUGGGCUUGGCAUGAGCUGGUGCCUGGUGGUGAACCAAGAUCAUUACUAGUUACCACUUGAAACUCGCCGUCAGCGUCAGCUACGCAUCG